CCCAAUCUUCAGGAUGGAUGGGAGAACGUAGAACUAGAAAGUAGAAAUGGGAACAAAUCUUACUCUUUCUUUGUUCACGAAUAUUAAAAAUGAAAUUAUAAAAAAAGAGAGUGAAAGUUCAAUAUAAAGCAUCCAUUCCCGCGAAAACACAAGAACACAAGUUCAGCAGAAAAACAAAGGCGUGGUGAAAGGUUUGGUUCUAAAAUUCCUCAUCCAAACACAAACACACCAUGAAUUUCAACACACCAUUAUCGAAUUUUAUUCGAUGUUGGUGAAAGGUUUGGUUCGUGCAAGUGCAAGCGGCAAAAGGGUUGUUCAAGAGCACCUGUUGUCGCUAUUGCAGAACUGCAACAGCGUAAACAACCUCAUUCAAAUUCACACCCAAGUACUUCUCAACGGCCUCUCUCACAAGAACAUCAUCAUCGCCAAGCUUCUCAACUUCUACAUAGCCUCUGGCCAUCUCCAACAUGCCCACUACCUUUUCGACAAAAUGUCUAACCCAACAACCACUGUUUGGAACCACGUCAUCAGAGGCUAUGCCGGCACCCACACGCCUUGGAAGUCGCUGGAAUAUUACAACCACAUGGUGUCUGCCAUGGCUCAGCCUGAUGGGUUCACCUACUCGUCUCUCCUGAGUGCUUGUGCGCGAGGUGGGUUGGUGAAAGAAGGGGAACAGGUGCAUGCCAUGGUUUUGGUAAAAGGGUAUUGCUCUAAUGUCUUUGUGGACACCAAUUUGAUCAAUUUCUACGCGAGGGAUGGUGGUGUUGCGCGAGCGCGCCAUGUGUUUGAUGAUAUGACAAAGAGAAGUGUUGUUAGCUGGAAUUCUUUACUUGCUGGCUAUGUUAGGUGUGGAGAUUUUGAUGGGGCCAGAAGGGUUUUUGAGGUGAUGCCGGAAAGGAAUGUUGUGUCUUGGACUACCAUGGUUGCCGGGUGUGCUCGGAGUGGGAAGUCUAGGCAAGCUUUGUUGUUGUUUGGUGAGAUGAGGAGAGCGCAUGUGGAAUUGGAUCAGGUGGCAUUGGUGGCGGCUUUGUCGGCGUGUGCUGAAUUGGGGGAUCUGAAGUUGGGAAGAUGGAUCCAUUGGUAUGCUCAACAGGGGUUUGUUGCGAGGAACCAACAGCAACCCUCUGUGCGCCUCAACAAUGCACUCAUACACAUGUAUGCUAGUUGUGGAGUCAUUCAUGAAGCUUAUCAAGUGUUUGCCAAGAUGCCGCAGAAAAGCAACGUGACUUGGAAUAGCAUGAUCAUGGCUUUUGCGAAACAUGGACUUGGGAAGGAAGCCCUUGAUCUGUUUAAGACCAUGCUUACUGACGGUGUAGGAGUGAAUGGAGUAAGGCCUGAUGAAACAACCUUCAUUGUAGUUCUUUGGGCUUGCAGCCAUGCAGGGUUUGUAGAUGAAGGACGGAAAGUUUUUGCAUCCAUGAAGUAUACUUGGGGAAUCAGCCCGAGGAUUGAACACUACGGAUGCAUGGUUGAUCUCUUGAGUCGUUCCGGAUUCUUAGAUGAAGCACGUGGGCUUAUUGAAACUAUGCCCUUAAAGCCUAAUGAUGCGCUAUGGGGUGCUCUUAUUGGUGGUUGCCGAAUUCACAAGAAUUCAGGGCUAGCAUCACAAGUGGAAAACAAGUUAGUACCUGAGCUCAACGCUGAUCAAGCUGCGGGCUAUCUUGUGCUCUUGUCAAACAUAUAUGCUUUUGGUGAAAGGUGGCGGGAUGUCAUUACAGUGAGACAGAAAAUGAUUGGGAUGGGUGUGAAAAAGCCUCCAGGCAGAAGUUGGAUCCAAAUUUAUGGAGCCGUCCAUAAUUUUGUGGCGGGUGACAUGACUCAUAAGCAUUCAUCUUUUAUCUAUGAAAUCCUACGUGACAUCACCAAGCAAGCCAAUCUGGAGGCCUAUGAACCGGAGAUAAAUAUUUUCCUUGAUGUUGAGGUGUAGGAAUUGUAAGAAAAACAUACUUUUUGCCUCCUGCAUUCUGGUUCUACAAUUAUACGUGUUAGCAUCUUUUCAGAAGGCAGGUGCUUAUUUUCUGGUUUUCAGAGUGGUUGGCAGUAAUUGUUAGUGCCAGUACUAGUUUCUUACGAUGAUUCUAUACCAUCACUCUGAUUUAACAAACAUUCUUAGGAGGAAUGCUUAUAACAUUUUGCCACGAGUGUUCCUUCUCCCAUGCCACGUUUAUGAAAACAAUGUAGAAUUCUAUUCUGGCAUGGCAUAAACUUUGACGUUCUACUCAGGACAGAAGUUAACAUAUCACAUCUCUCAGAAUAUCUUGUAACACAUAAAUUAGAAUUUGUGCAUCAAGUAGCAAAUCUUUGAGGUCCAAGAUAGUGCAAUCUCAUAUGUCCCAGACUUCUGGUGUUUGUAACUUGGUUCAUACUGGUUCGUGAUUCUAUUGUUGCUAGGCGCAUAUUGGUUUGGGCAGAAGGAAGUAUGAGCUGGCAGGUCUGUUAUUCAAUUCUCCUCAUAGAUCUAUAUUAAGGCAAUUAUACUUUAGCUUAAUGGUGACUUGUGUUAAUG